GAGGUCGAGGAGCACCAAAGAAGUUCAAGGUGGUUGUGCUGGGAGAUGAGGCGGCCGGCAAAACAUCGUUGGUUCGCCGCUACAUGUACGACACCUUUGAAGAGGGAACUGCCCCAACUGUAGGCAUGGACUUCCAGAGCAAAACAGCUUACUUGGAUGAUGGACGUUCUCUCCGCUUGCAGCUCUGGGACACCGCUGGACAGGAGAGAUUCCGGAGUCUCAUCCCGAGCUAUAUACGUGAUGCAGCAGCGGCGGUGAUUGUAUAUGACAUCACCAGGCAGUCGUCUUUCCAAGGAACCAGGAGCUGGGUGUCGGACGUCCGAGCAGAGCGAGGCGGAGAAGCUGUGCUGGCUCUGGUGGGCAACAAGUCCGACUUGGCCUCGGACCGUCAGGUCUCGGAAGAAGAAGGCAAAGAGCUGGCAAAGGAAUUAGGAGUGAUGUUCAUGGAGACCAGUGCGAAAAGAGGAGAGAAUGUCACAGCACUCUUCCAGCAACUGGCUUCAGUUCUUCCAGGGGAGGCCCCCGCGGCGGUGCAGGAAGAUCGUGCUGGCUUCCACCUGCAAAGUCAGGAACACCGACCUGAGACGGAGAAGAAGAAGAAGCAGUGUAAAUGCUGAAUAGCGCUUUCUGCAAAGUGCAGAGAAGAGAGCAAGGCUCAAGGCACUCCAACAGUUUUAGCAGGCAUGCAAAGUAGCUGAAG